AGCCAUUUUGGCCCAGGCCGCUGCAGUCCAAGCAUUUGGGCAGCACGGCGGCUCCCCGUGCAGGGGCCUCUUGCUGCGGGGCGCGCUGCAGAUAUGGGGAAGUGGAGCGAGGCGAGCAAGGAGGAAUGGGCCACCAAGGAAUGGACCGUGGCCGACUACGAGGUGCCCGGCUUUGCCGAAGCUCUCACGGAGGCGUUGCGACCCCACGUCGGCCAGGAGGCCGACGUGCGGGAGUUUGAGAACAAGGUCGCUAAGAAGAUGAUGCAAGCCGCCAAGAAGUUCAACAAGGACGAGCGCCGGAACUCCCACGGGUCGCCGUUCAAGGCGCAGGAGUUUGUGGAGGAGUUCUGCGACCAUUGCCUAGGAGCUCUCAGCGGCGUGAUGUACGACAAGCCGUGGGCGGGCGAGGUCAACUACACCGGGCCGCUGCUGGCCCUCGCGCUGUACACGUUCGACGGCGCCAAGAUCUUUCGCAGGACGGUCGGGCCCAUGAUCGAGAAGUUCAUUGAGGAGGGGAUCUUCAAGUUCCGCGAGGAGGAACGCAUCCAGAGGGUCAUGGAAGAGGCGAUAGACAGUGCGGCAGUGAAGGAGACGCACAAGAAGAAGGCCCUCAAGCACCUCGGCAUCGCGUACGACGAGGCGCACUUCAAGGCUCCCUACAGCAAGGUGACGGGCGAAACGCCCGAGAUGGGCCAUCUCAAGGCGUUCGUCAAGGGCUGGAUGGCGGAUUUCGCUGAGCGCGCGUGGGACAUUCUGGAGAACGGCGUAGGACAGGGUGUGGGCAGCUCAAGGGACGAGAUGGUCUUGUUCAUGACCGUCCUUUUCCAAGCGCUCGCGGACGGCAAGGACCCCUGCCUGCCCCACGACCUGGUCUCGGCCGCGGGUGCGGUGCCGCCGAGCCCCUGGUCGUACGUCGCCGAGGUCGCGGAGGCGGUGUUCCGGGAGAUGGACGAGCGGGCGGAGCAGUCGAGGCAGAAGAAGGCGAAGCUCAUGGCGGAGGGGCUGUGGGAGGAGGGGCCGUGGUCCAUGGGCAAGAACAAGAAGUGAGCGGCAGCGGCAUUUGCUCUUCCUCCCCCUCCUUGACGCCCUGCGCGGCGUUCCUCGUCCAGGGGGAGGAGGAGGAG